AUGGAUGCUUCUCUGGACUGCAACGAGGUGCUUCAAAUUGACAAGAGCGAGGGCGUGAGGAUACGGCUCAAGGAGAUCUCAGACGUGGAGGCGACAGAGGGUGCUGAUUCUAACGGUAUCGAACCAACCACUGGCUUAGAGAAACAUGUGGCUGAUGCUGACGAUGAGGGUUGUACUGCCACGUCCCCCUUGGGAACCAGAGUCUGCAACGAUAGGGGGUCUGUUAGAAUCAUGGGUAAGAACGAACAGCUGAUUCACAUGCUGUUUGAAUCUUACGAGGGAAGGGCAGACUGUCUGUUCCACACAGACCCCUGCCACUAA